AUGGCGGCGCGGGCCGGGUUCCAGGCGGGGCCCGCGAGCGGCGGCGGCGGCGGCGCCGCUCCGGGGGCCGCGCUGGGCCCGGGCGCGCCGGGCGGGGCGGUUCGCAUGGGCCCGGCGCCGGGGCAGGGCCUGUACCGCUCGCCGCUGCCCGGAGCCGCCUACCCGCGCCCCGGGAUGUUACCGGGAGGCCGCCUGGCGCCGCAGGGCCCGGCCAUGGGCCCGCCCGGCUACGGCGGGAGCCCCGCGGUGCGGCCCGCGCUGGCGCAGGCCGGGCUGGACCAGGCCCGCAAGCGGCCGGCGCCGCAGCAGCUCCAGCAGGUGCAGCCGCAGGCGGUGCCCAACCGCAACCACAACGCCAAGAAGAAGAAGAUGGCAGACAAAAUCCUCCCUCAGCGGAUCCGGGAGCUGGUGCCCGAAUCCCAAGCCUACAUGGACCUGUUGGCCUUCGAGAGGAAGCUGGACCAGACCAUCAUGAGGAAGCGCUUGGAUAUCCAGGAGGCUCUGAAACGCCCCAUCAAGCAAAAGCGGAAGCUGCGGAUUUUCAUCUCCAACACCUUCAACCCGGCCAAGUCGGACGCGGAGGACGGCGAGGGCACCGUGGCCUCCUGGGAGCUGCGGGUGGAAGGGAGGCUGCUGGAGGACUCUGCUCUGUCCAAAUACGAUGCCACCAAGCAGAAAAGAAAGUUCUCGUCCUUCUUUAAAUCUCUGGUCAUUGAACUUGAUAAAGACCUGUAUGGCCCUGACAAUCACCUAGUAGAGUGGCACAGGACUGCCACAACUCAGGAGACAGACGGCUUCCAGGUGAAGAGGCCGGGGGACGUGAACGUGCGCUGCACUGUCCUGCUGAUGCUGGAUUACCAGCCCCCCCAGUUCAAGCUGGACCCCCGCCUGGCUCGGCUGCUGGGCAUCCACACGCAGACCCGGCCCGUCAUCAUCCAGGCCCUCUGGCAGUACAUCAAGACCCACAAGCUGCAGGACCCCCACGAGCGGGAGUUCGUCAUCUGUGACAAGUACCUGCAGCAGAUCUUCGAGUCCCAGCGCAUGAAGUUCUCCGAAAUCCCCCAGAGGCUCCACGCGCUGCUGAUGCCCCCCGAGCCCAUCAUCAUCAACCACGUGAUCAGUGUUGACCCAAAUGACCAGAAGAAAACAGCCUGCUAUGACAUUGAUGUGGAGGUGGAUGACACCUUGAAAACCCAGAUGAAUUCCUUUCUGCUCUCCACAGCCAGUCAGCAGGAAAUUGCUGCUCUGGAUAACAAGAUCCACGAAACCAUCGAGACCAUCAACCAGCUGAAGACUCAGCGCGAGUUCAUGCUGAGCUUCGCCCGGGACCCUCAGGGCUUCAUCAACGACUGGCUCCAGUCCCAGUGCCGGGACUUGAAGACAAUGACUGAUGUCGUGGGGAACCCCGAGGAGGAGCGGAGAGCCGAGUUCUACUUCCAGCCCUGGGCGCAGGAGGCCGUGUGCCGGUACUUCUACUCCAAGGUGCAGCAGCGACGGCAGGAACUGGAGCAGGCCCUGGGCAUCCGGAACACAUAGGGCUGCCCUGCUCCUGCCCACUGGAGCAGGCCCUGGGCAUCAGGAACACAUAGGGCUGCCCUGCUCCUGCCCAGCAGCACGGGCUGUUUGUGGAGACAGAGCUGCAGAGCUCGCUGGUCCAGCUCCCAGGAUCCCACUCCAGCAGCGAGGCCCCUGUUCCUCCUCCUGGCGUUGUCCCUGCUGGGGGCAAGUCCAGGACAGCGGGGCUCUCGUGGGGUGUGACAAGCAGACAGGCUCCACCCAGCACACAUUUCUACCUGGUUCUCUUCCUGACUGUUGCCUUGUCAGCCCCCAAGGCUUCCAGGAGCCUCCCCGUGACUCCGUAGUGUCCCCGGUAGCCAGAGUUGACUUGGAGCCUCCUCCCAGCCCUUCCCUCCCCUGUGGCACCCUGGAAGCCUGGCUCUGCUCUAAGGUGUGGCUGGGCUCUUCCCUGCCACGUUUUACAGCCCGUGCCAGGCGCUGUCGUGGGCAGGAUGCCGUGGGCUGACAUACCUCCCUGCCCUGACCCCCCUCCUCAGAGGGUGCUGCUGCACUGGGGCUGCCCCACAGGUCACUCCCCUCCUCGAGGAGGUUACUGGACUGUGUAGAGAAUUGCUCCUUCCCUUCUCCCUUUUUCCCCCUGUCCGUUCCCUUCGUGUUCUGUGACGGGCUGUCCUGGGCUGGGGUCACAGGGAGAGGAGGUUUUGGCUUCCUGCAGGGCUUUGGAAGCUUGGAGUGAUGCAACUCCCUGCCCUUCAGACACCUACACGUGGGUUGCCAGCAAACCACGUGGCUGCUUGUUUUCCCUGGAGCAGGGAGAGGGGAUGCAGCAGCUGCCUGGAGCUGUGCAUGGACACAGUGCUGUGGCCUCAUUGCUCUGGGGCAGUUGUCCUGUGUCUCUUGCUGUGGGGACCAGAGGCUCCUUCGUGUGGAUCCGAGGGUGGGACAGGACAGUCCUGGGGAAUGGACAUUUUCCCAAGCAUAUGUGAGUUAGCAGGUGUUUCCAUGCCGAAGCUCCUGUGGUUUUUAGUCAAGUUUUAGGUCACGGGGCUGCCAUAGGGCCCAGCAUGGUUCAGGAAUGUACAAAUAGAUUUACUGUGGGGAGUAGCAGCCCCGAGGCCUCUUCAUGGAAUGAAUUACUGGUGGUCAGGCUCCUCUUCACCCCAAGCCCGGUGUUUCUGCUCGGGACUACAAUGCAAAUGGACUCGAGAGUUGGUCUGACUCCCCUGGGGUAGCUGCAGGAUCCUCCGAGGGGGGAGCUGGGAGCGCCCAGGUGGCCCUGCUGCUCCUCGUGUCUGUGUAACUACAUGUCUGUGAGUAAUAGACUCUCCUCUGCCCUCCUGAAACGCUCCUCUGUGGUACCGGGGUGAAGGGCUUGGUGCUGGAGAAGCAGCCCCUGACUCCUCAGGGUACUCCCACGGGAGGGAUGCCGAGUCCUGCGUAGGCGAACGUAGCUGUUGCAGAGUAACUGCUUUUCUUAACUGAAUAUUUACGGUUUUUUUCCAUGGACCAAAUCUUUUUUUUGUUUGUUUUUUUGUUUGUUUUUUUUUUUUUUGUA